AUGACAGACUCCCAUUCAACAAGACCAACAUUUCCAACAAUGGCGGGAGCCGUAAGUCUCUGGCGGAGAGAGGCAACGUUCUUGACGGCAAUGCUUGCGUCCGAAACCGGUAUUGUUGGACUGAAUAUACUGUUCAAAGCAGCGACUUCAAAGGGGCUCAACUCUUACUCUUUCCUCGGCUAUUCUUAUCUUCUUGCUUCUCUUCUCCUUUCUCCUUCUCAUCUCUUCUCCAACAGGUUUCUAAUCACUUUAAAUCUUUUGACCAUUGGUAACCAUUUAAUAUUGAAUGUUUUUUAAAACAGGUCAAGAUCACUUCCUCCACUAAGUUUCUCAAUACUCAGUAAGAUAGGACUUCUUGGACUAGUAGGUAAUAAUACCCAAACAAAAAAAGAACAGAUCAACGUAUGUGAUCACAAGCUACAUAGGCGUUAAAUACAGCAACCCAACCCUAGCUUCCGCUAUUAGCAACAUCACUCCUGCUGUUACCUUCAUCCUCGCCGUUAUCUUCAGAAUGGAGAAAGUAAGACUCAAAGAAAGGAGCAGUGUAGCUAAAGUGAUGGGGACAAUAUUAUCAUUAGUAGGCGCACUUGUGGUGGUUCUCUAUCACGGCCCACGCCUCUUCAUUGUAUCAUCAGCGCCUAAUCUAAACUUCCACCAGCUUUCUCCAUCACUAUCAUCUUCAAACUCUGAUUGGAUCAUUGGUGGAUGUCUUCUCACCAUUAGAGACAUCUUCGUUUCUGUUUCUUUCGUACUACAGGCACAUAUAAUGUCUGAAUAUCCAGCAGCAUUUACAGUAUCAUUUUUCUAUACUCUGUUCGUUUCAAUCAUCACCUCCUUGACUGGACUCGUAGUCGAGAGGAACAAUCCAAGCGUUUGGAUCAUUCGAUUUGAUAUUACUUUGAUAUGCAUUCUAGCUAUGGGAAUAUUCACUCCAGUAUACUACGUGAUUCGUUCAUGGACAGUGCGUUACAAAGGACCUCUUUACUUGGCCAUAUUUAAGCCAUUGUCGAUUUUAAUAGCGGUGAUUAUGAGCGCCACUUUUCUCGGAGAUUCUCUAUAUCUCGGAUGUUUGAUCGGAGGAGUUUUGAUAACGAUAGGGUUUUACGCUGUGAUGUGGGGGAAAGCAAACGAAGAGAAGACUCGGUUAUUGUUACUUGCAGAAAAAGAGAAUAGCCAUCUUCUGUUGAACCACAACGACGACCAAAUUUAAUUUAGAACCAAAGAGAAAUAAACUACAUACUUUUGAAUGUGUUAAUUCGUAGUAUUAUUUAUUGCUUUAUUGGAUCUGGACAUUAUAUUAGUAUAUUACUUGUAUAUACUAAUAUUGUUAAAAUUAGUAAAAAUAUUGUUCUACAGCAAACUUCUUAAAA